CGUCCUUGUAAGCGGACUCGUGCGAGAUUGAACGAGAAUUCAGUCAUCAAGUUCCUGUUGAAGAAAGAAGUAGGCCUAUCGUAUUUUUCAAGGAACGUUGUGCGAGCAAAACUAACGUAAAAACACGAAAUUUGUAUGAGUCAAAAGGCAGAAAAACCAUCGCUAUCUGGCCAGCGACUGAAGACCAGGAAGAGGGAUGAAAAAGAAAAAUACGAUCCUAUUGUUUUCCGAGACGCGAUUAUCCAAGGACUCAACGAAACUGGCUCGGAUUUAGAACAGGUUGCCAAAUUUUUGGACUCUGCUGGAGGCCGUUUGAAUUAUCGGCGUUAUGCGGAUGUCCUUUUUAAUGUCCUAUUUGCAGGUGGACAUUUAGCUCCUGGAGGAUCACUUAUCGAAGAAGCAGAACCAGACAAACCAUUUCAAACUGAUGUCUGUGUCUUUAAAACUGAAGAAAGCGUGGACAAAUUAAAAGACUUUUAUGAAGUUUUAUAUAAAUUACUACGAAGAUAUAAAUUCCUUGAGCGAGCUUUUGAAGAAGAUCUAAGAAAGCUUUUAGUGUUUUUGAAGAGUUUUAAAGAAGAUGAAAGACGAAAACUUGCCAUUAUUACAGGUCUCAUCCUGGCCAACUCUCUCUGUUCAGCCAAGAUCUUGGACGGAUUAUUUGAAGAACACUUGGCUAAAGAAGGUUUGUCCCUGGAGUUUACCUCCUUGAUGUUUAAAACCUGGUUGAAUGAGAAGGAUAUCUCUCAUCUUACCAGUAGCUUAAAGAAAUGUCAAAUAGAAGCUAGACUAAUGGAGCUCUUCCCUGUUAACAAGAGAAGUCAAGAAAAGUUUACAGCUUAUUUCAAAGAAGCAGGACUUGGUGCUAUAGCUGAGUUACAGAAUCGGUCAGCAACUACCGAAGUAAAACAAGAAGUUAGAAAAGAGCUGGCUAACAUGUUUAAAGAUGAAGAAUCUGCAGCAGAGAUGGUUUUGUAUGUAAAAGAAGAAAUGGAAAAGAAUGAUUUUUCAGACAGUGAUAUCAUUAUUCUUAUUUGGAAUACAUUGAUGGCAGGAAUUGAAUGGAAUAAAAAGGAAGAUUUGGUAGCAGAACAGGCAUUGAAACAUUUACGUAAUUACGUUCUUCUGUUGAAGACGAUGACACAAAGCGACAAAUCGGAACAACUCCUCAUAUUGAGAAUUCAGGAAUACUGUUAUGAAAAUAUUCACUUUAUGAAAGUUUUCCAGAAGAUAAUUGUUCUCCUCUAUAAAACUGAUGUUUUAAGUGAAGAAACCAUUGUACGUUGGUUUAAGUCCAAUCAUUCUAAUAAAGGAAAGAGUGUGUUUUUGGAUCAAAUGAAAAAAUUCAUUGAAUGGCUGGAGAAUGCUGAGGAAGAAUCUGAGGAAGAGGACUAGAUAGAAAGAUUAACCGUUGUUUCCGAUUGUCAAAUUAUAUUUGCUCUGAUUGGCUAACUACGCAGCUAUGCACCCAUGUUGAUCUCUUCAUAUUUUCUUUGUGUUCGAUCAACAUCGGGGCACACAUAACUUUUAUUCUAUUAUUUGUUUGUCCUUUGUAAAGUCGAAGAAUUCAUUUUCUACAAUGAUAAACAUUAUAGUCAUGAUAUUAAUUUCUUGUAAAGACUUGCAAGUGUUAAAUUGAAGCCAUGCCGAAACCACUAAUAAGAGACAUUUACAAUCAGGUAUUGACACAAUUUCUAAUUGGUUUACAGAUGGGAAUAAGUCUCAGGUUUUUUUUUUUAAUCACUGUGAAUUAUUUCAUGUUUGUAUAGUGUAAUAUUUCAUUAGGAAUUCAUGUAAUAUUUCGUGUAGAAAUAAUUAUUAGUCCCCUACCGGUGAAACCGGAAGGGGUGUUUUUCCUCUGCCCGUCCAUUCCUCUGUCUGCGAUUUUUGUAUUCACAAAGUUUUUUAAAAGGACUUGGAAAUAUGGUACACUACAGAUAAAAUUUGUGUUUCCUAGGAUUCCUUUAAUUUUUUAGUGAAUUGCAGCCAUGUGUGGAAAAUUGUUUUCGGUUUAACUUUAAGGUAUUUAACUGAAAUUUAGUACACUUAUGCAGAGCAAUGCUACAGACCAAUUCAGUGAAAAUCCAAUUUUAUAGGAUUAAUUCCAUCGAUACAUAAUUGCAUUAUAUAUUCACAUGUAUUGUAAUAAAAAAACUUUAGGGGCCGGUAGGGGACAUGCUUGUUACAUAAAGGCCACUAGCUCACUCAUGGUUAUUAUUGAAAUGUUUCUAACAUGUUUUUUUUUUUUUUUUAACUGACCCAAAACUGAUUAUGAAAUUUAAUAGUAGAUUGGAGUUAAACUCUUAUAUCUGUAGAUUAGUGGAUUGACAACUGUAAAAAUAAAAUUGUUAUAUAAUUUAAACAAUUGUAAUUAAUUUUUUGGGGAGUCAUCAUAUUGUAAAAUUUCAUAUUUAUACUGAGGAUGUUAAAUGUCUUUUUAUUGGUUGAUUGGUCAUAGGAUAUUUAUAUCUUUUCUUAUAGUGCUGUUUAAUGUCCACUCUGUUUUCAUAUUUCUAUAUAUUGCUUUGUAUAGGCUGAUUGGCCAUUAUUAUUUGUAUAAUGAAUUUUGGUUGGUCAACCAGUUUGUAUAAUACAGUAAAUGUUUAGAUGAAUAUAAGAUUGACAGAAGAAUAAACUAAAACUUUAUAUGAAUUUAUCACUUAAAUUUUUUAUGAUUGUAUUAUGAAACAGUUAUAAAUAUUUUAGUAUGUUUCAAAAACAAUAAUCAAAAUAGGAUUUUUUUGAAAGUGAAUUGUGUUGUCUUUUCAUAGGAUUGUAUAUAUAUAUAUUGUGUGAAUAAUGUUUUUUCACAAACAAAAUACAUUUGUUUUCACUAUGUAAAAAAGUUGCAUUUUUUGUUUUUGGGAAAGGCAAAGAAAGGCAUUUUAAUUGUUUCACCUAGUUCCUAUUACUAAAGAAAGUCUGUGUAUUGUUUUCCUUUUUGUAUAAUUAAUAAAAAUAUCUGUCAUUAA